UUGCACUAAAAUGCGGUUUGGACGCCGGUAAAACCAGACAAGAGUCAGACAGGAUUAGCAUCUCAGCAGUGUCAGGCAACGGAGAGCUGUUUUUCUUCUGACUUGGAUCCUCAAAACAGGUACGCUGGAAUUUUCUGACACCCACUCGGACAUGUCCUAUGUCUUCAUCAAUGACUCGUCGCAGACCAGCGUGCCCCAGCUGCAGGCCUGCAUCGACGGGGACCUGCCUUUCGCCAAGAAACUCCUAGAAACGGGAUGCGACCCCAACAUCCGCGACAACCGUGGCCGCACAGGCCUGCACUUGGCUGCGGCGCGAGGAAACGUGGACAUCUGUCGCCUCCUGCACAAGUUUGGCGCUGACCUUCUCGCUACAGACUACCAGGGGAACACAGCGCUGCAUCUGUGCGGCCAUGUGGACACCAUCCAGUUCCUGGUGUCCAAUGGACUGAAGAUUGACAUUUGUAACCACAAUGGCUCCACCCCCCUGGUGCUGGCAAAGAGGCGGGGCGUGAACAAAGACGCCAUCCGCCUCCUGGAGGGUCUGGAGGAGCAGGAAGUGAAGGGCUUCAACAGAGGGGCUCACUCCAAGCUGGAGACCAUGCAGAUGGCUGACAGUGAGAGCGCCAUGGAGAGUCAUUCCUUACUGAACCCCCACCUGCAGAGCAGCGAGGGGGUGCUGUCCAGCUUCAGGACCACCUGGCAGGAGUUCGUGGAGGAUCUGGGCUUCUGGAGGGUCCUGCUGCUUCUGGUGGUCAUUGCCCUCCUCUCACUCGGCAUCGCCUACUACGUGAGCGGCGUGCUGCCCUUCUCCAGCAGCCAGCUGGAGCUGGUCCACUGAGGAGGAGGUGCUUGCUACAUCUGCAGCUGAGGUUCUUCUGGCACCAGAUUGACAUUUAUUCCCCAGACCUUCGUCAUCAGCAUCAUCUUCAUGACAUUCUGGAGAACACCCACCCACUUGAUCUGUUACAGACUGAUCUUCUGCCCCCACACCUUGUUCUCCUUAUUUAACUGUAGUUUUUUUUUCUGGAUGUUCCCAAUAACCUUGCCCCCCUCCCCAAGCCUUUGUAUCUGCAUCUGUAAUAAAGGCGUUAUGCUGUAGGAUUUUGUCUACCUGUCGCUAGACUUCCAUGUCAUCACAGACAUUAUUGAUCCUGCUUCUUGUAAGAACUGAAUAAAUAUGGAUGUUGUAGUGGCGCUGGUCAUUUC